CCGAGCCCUUGAACCGGUUUCGCUGGUUUGGCGAUUAACUUCCCCGCCCCUCCAGCCCCGCUAGCGAGACGCCUCUGCUCCCGAGCCGAGAGCGCCCAGAGCUUUGCAGGGAGGAGGACGCGGCCGUUGCGCAGCCAGGACUCCGACGGCCUUGCUCGCCCCGCUCGCUUUGCCCUCGCCCCGGCCAGCCUUUGCAGCAGCGGCCGGACGCUCCCGAGCCCUUUCCAGACGACCGUGCGCCUUUCCUGCUCGUUUCAGCCCGAGCGCCGGAGCCCAGGAGGAAAGCCAGCCGUUGGAGUGCCAUGGCGCAGUUGGGUCUUCGGGCUUGGCUCCUAGCCGGGGCCUUAAGCGGGAUCCUCCGCUUCUGCCAAGCAGGGUUCCCCACCAUCCAGCUGAGAGACCAGGAAGGCCCCAUCCUUGAGGGCAACAAUGUGACUCUGGAAUGCCUGAUCAGUGAUGGGGACAAUGCGUCGGACUUCACCUUCCAAAAAUAUAGCAAGUGGCUCCGUUCUUGGGUCUCUUUGGAUCAAAGUCACGACUUGCGUUGCUGGUUUUAUGAUGUCGCUGUGAAUCACGACAAUGGGCGCCUCCUGCUGACCAUUAGCGACAUCCAAUCUUGGCACGCCGGACCUUACCGCUGUGCCAGCCUGAAUGCCACUGACAACAGCACCAUCUCGGACAAACUGGACUUGCAGAUGGAGUAUCUGCACAACAUCUUUGUCAGCCAAUCCAACUCCUGGUGUGGUACCGUAGGAGACUCCAUGACGGUCGUUGAAGGCGACAACCUGCAACUUCAGUGUUCAGCUGAUGCCUCUCAGACACCACAUUACGAGUGGAUUCGAGAGGGAGAUGACUGGAUCCUGCCCUCAAAUUCCUUAACUCUCUCCAGGAUAACCCAGGAGCAAGCAGGAACCUAUACUUGCCAGGCCCACCAUCCAACUUUGCCUCAGUUGACCAAGAGAAAAUCAGUCCGUUUGCUCGUGGAGAGCACCAAGCGCAGCUUUAGUUUUGAUUCCGUGCUGUCCCUCAGCACCCCAAUGCUGGCCCUGGCGGUGGCGCUGCCAGCCGUUCUGUUGCUGCUGCUGAUCUUGGUCUUUGCCUUCCUCAUUCCCCGUCACCGGGCUGCAGUCCUGAAGAAAAUGGCUUUGGAGGAAUCUGGCCAGCGCACCCCUAUCUACAAAGGCAGCCUUGACUCUGUGCCUUCCAUUGCGGGAGACACUCAGCCGCUAGUGAUGUGAAGCAGAAGCACCGGAUGAAAUGAAAUUUUUCAAGAUCCAGCUUUUUUUUCCCUGUAUUGAUUAUGGACUGGCGGCAAUAUCUUCAGUUUCAGCAACUGGUUGUUUUUUGUGUAUAUUUGGGGGAAUUGUUAUCUUGGCUUUUUAGGGGGAGCUGUUUGGAAGAAUUGGGGGGGGGAGGGCAGUAAGCGAUAUUGGGGUUCCUAUGAAUCUCUUCUUUCCUAGCUACUUUUUUACUUGCCGUUCUGUUACCCUUUCUAGGCUAAAAUACUUUUUUUUCCCUGUGGCUCAUUUGGCCGAUAUCUACCCUGACAAGCAUUGCCUUCUUUCAUGUUUGGACAGAUGUUUUCUCUUUACACUUUCACUUUUUUAACUUAAGAGUCAGUGAAUGAAGAAUAAGGCACUGGGCCGUUACACGCUUUGUUUGUUGAAAAUAAACAAACAUUGGCUCUUUUUUUACACGAGCGAGCGCUUGUUCUCCAGCAGAAGAAAAACUGUGAGAAAGACAGGAGCCUUAUUUAAAACAAAACAAAUCCCAUCCAAGGCAGGAAGACUGCGGAAUUAGGAAAGACAAAGUUGACCUUCAAGAAGCAGGAGAGGAUCCCACCGUCCAAAAUGAGGGUGUGGGGAGAUUAACAGUGUAUCAGCGCGGUUGUAUUUUGUUUUUAUGGUUUGGGGUGUGUUCUGCACCCCAGCUCCUCAAUUUCAUUCAUGGACCUCCCUAGGUCUCUUUGCAAGAGCCUGCACAUUACAGUUUCGCCUUUUGUGCAAAACGCAGCAUUGAAAACAUGGAGGGAUAAACAAUCACUUACUAUUUUAGGAGCCGCGCAAAGAGUCUCCCUCUCUUUGACCUGUGGUGUUUAGUCCAACAUCUAAUCCGUUUGAGGGAAUUUAGGUUUUUUUUUUAAAAAAAAAAAAUCGUCCUCUUUUUAGACUCUUCCCUUUUGCAGCUCUCCAUUGUUAGCGCUUCGGUGUUCAGUCUUAAGGUAAUACGCCUUGAAUUUCAGCGGUGCUUUGCUAUUAUUUGCAUGCCAGUGCAUGCAGAAGAAGGGAAGGCAGUUGAUGUACGGAGGACCCGGUAUAUAUCAUGCUGUCUCUGCACUGUGCAGUUUAAAUGUCCCCCCAUCCAGCACUUCCUUUCAUCAAAAUAAAAAAUAACAGAAUCUU